CUAACUACGGAAGGUUCAUUCGGUAUUUUCGGCACGCGCGCGCGUCCUCCUUUAUUCAAUUCCGCGCGCGAACGGCGGGAUCGGAAAAUCCGACGAACGCGCACAUCGAUCCGAGAGCCGCGCGCGCGCGCGCGCGCCGAUUUCCACCGGGAGUCCUCCGGAGUCAUCGAGGGGGAGGCGAGGGAAAAAAACAAGCAAUUUUCGCGCGACCUUGGCGACCUUCCGACGGACAGCAAUGAUCGACGGGUCGGAUCGGAGGCCGCGGGGUUAGCUAUUUGCUCGCUUGAUACUCUCCGCUCCUCCUCGCACACACUCGGGUGUCUUCAUCUGUCGGACACAUGCGCGAAUCGUCGCCUAGGUGUCCGGUCGAGAAGAGAGGCAAAUGGCGGCAAGGGGAGAGGAGGUAUUUUGACAGCCUCGGUACUCGUGCCCGGGAAUGCCACGAAUACCUGCGCCGGUACUCUUCGCCGGCAGCUGGGGCUGGGGAUUUCUCGUCGUAGUCCUCCUGUUCCUGACCACCCCCAGUCCCGCUGCCAUCCGCAGAGCGGACCGAGGCCACUGCAACAAAACAGUGGACAUUUACGAGGACGUGUCGAGCCCGGCGGUGACCGCCGCGAAUUGGGGUAAGCCUCUCUCGUGCUGGUACCGCUUUCGUGCCUUCCGCGGGACGCCCCGGGACUGGAUUCUGCGGGUUCGCUUCAAGAAGUUUAAGGUCGGCGUCCUGGAGAAUGCGACCACCUGCAGCGGCGGAUACCUGCAGAUCAUCGACGGCAACACGAAGACCGAGGUGAGCAAUCGCAAAGACCCGGGCGUUUACUGCGGCGAGUCCGAGCAGCCGCAGACCUUCAUCUCGGAGACGAGCUUCGUACGGGUGCUCUUCCACGCGGACAACUUCACCGACCAGACGUACUUCAGCUUCGACUCGCGCGCCGAGCAGCAGUUCGAGGUCUACCUGCGAUACGGGCAGCAUCCGGAGCUCUACCCGAAUCGGCGGGGCGAGAUCGUGCCGGGCAGCUACUGCGAGCGCGUCUUCAAGGACUGCCGGCUGCAGACGUGCUACGUGCAGAGCCCGGCUUACCCGGGCAUCUAUCCGCGCGCCCUCCACUGCAAGUACCGGCUGAACACCCGACUGCCGUUCAUCAAGCUCUACAUCGAGAACGAGGAGUUCAACAUCGACGGGCAGCGAUGCGAGAACAUCAUGACCUGCCCGAUGCGGCCGAUCAGCUCGGGCUCGGAGCACUGCCCGUACGACUACAUCCGCGUUUACGACGGUAAGAACGAGAGCAGCCCGACGAUCGGCACCUUCUGCGGCAUGGGGAAGUUCCCGUACAGCAUAAUCGGCACGAGCGAGGACCUCUACGUGGAGUUCGUGUCGUCGCCGGCCGGGCCGCUCCUCAACACCGGCUUCCACUUCAACGUCGGCAACUGGCCGGGUCACGUGGAGACCGCCGGCGUGAAGAACGGCAGCUGCGACUGGCUGUUGAACAGCGAGUCCCUGCUCACCGGGAACGAGGGUAUCUUCCUCUCGGUCGCCCACUGGUACCCGCCGCACACCAGCUGCACGUACCUCCUGCGCGGCCGACCGGGCGAGAUCGCGCGUCUCUACUUCCCCAGCUUCCGCGUGAAUCGCAUCGAGUCGCCGAUCCAGCCGUACGACGGCGACUGCGGCGAGAGUCUGACUCUGUACGACGCCGACUGGCCGGACGACGCGCGCAUCAUCAAGACCUUCUGCGACACCUUCAGCAAGCCGAUGGAGAAGCACGACUUCGUGUCGAGCUCGAACGCCCUCUUCGUGCGCUUCGAGAGCAAGACCGGCAGUUACUCCGGUAGUUCCUUGUAUUAUUGGGCCCACUACGACUUCUUCAACGCGACGCGCUUCGGCGAGCCGAUCCCCGGGACGGAGUGCGACGAGACCUUCGCGUCGUGGAAGUCGCGCACGGGCGAGCUCCGCUCGCCCCUCAACACUUUAGUGUACAAACGACCGGGCGACCCGCCGGCCGACCUCGCCUGCACCUACACCUUCGUCACGGACAAGCGGCUGUACGCCCGGGUGAUCCUCGUGAUCGAGUCGAUCGCCUUCAAGGAGCACCCGUACGCCCAGUGCGGCCACUGCUGGGACAGCCGGGUGGACCGAGUGAUCAUCCGAGAGCCGAGCCCGGAGGGCGUGAAGGGUCACUGCCUGUGCCGGUCGAACGGCAGCCCAUCGCCGGGCACCGGCUCGCCGCCGCCGCCGCCUCUGCUCAGGGUGGUGUCCCGCGGCGAGAGGCUCGACCUGAAGCUCCUCGUGGACGGCGCUCACGCGGCCACCAGCUACUUCAAGAUGCCGGCGCCUCUCUUCGAGGCGAAGUACGAGUUCGCGCACAGCCCGCUCUGCGGACCCGCUUUGCUGCCGGCCAGCACCGACGGCGAGAUCGAGUUCCCCCACUACGAGGCCCUCGGUUACGUAACGCCGCCCCGGACGAUCAAGUGCAUCUGGGAGCUGCGGGUGAACCGGGAGCGCGAUCUGUGGCUGCACUUCGACAAGAUCAAGUUCGCCUCGCGCUCCUGCGAGGACGGUAAGCUCGAGAUCUUCCUGCCGGGCAACGCCGGCCCGUACCUCGGCAUCUGCGGGGAGAACGUCAGCUACGUGAGGGAGAUGCCGAUCAUCUCGGCGGCGCAGAUCGCGCCGACGACGGACCACCCGGCCGACGGCGAGGAGUCGCCGGCGGUGAUCGUCCAGUUCACCGGGACCAUGGCGCCGGCCAGGGCGGCCUUCAAGAUCGCCUGGACCGAGCUCUACCAUCUGCCGAGGGAUGCUUCCGGGGCGCUCAACACGCAGAAGCUCGAGGACUGCGCCUUCCAGUGCCCCGCCGACGCCGGAUGCAUCCCCGCCAGGUUGCUCUGCAACGGUGUGGUGAACUGUCCGAGCCGCGGCCUGUCGAGCGUCUUCAACGGCACCUUCUACGAGCCGGACGACGAGUCGGUGGAGACCUGCGGCGGCCCCGUCAACGGCAACGGCGGAGGCUUCACCGGGCCCGCCGGCUGGGCCGGGGCCGGACUCGGCGCCGGAUUGGCUAUUCUCCUGGGGCUGGCCUGCUUCAUCGCCGUCUGCAGGCUCUGCAGGGGUCGCUCGCGCUCCAGGGACAUCCACGUGCCCUAUUAAGAGCGGGAGGACGUGGGGAACACGGAAGUCUGCGUCACGGUGGUUCCUCGAGAGCUCGGAGAAGCACACGAUUCUCAGCCUUAUGCGUAUCACGCAUAAGGUCGAGAAUCGUAUAACAGCUCCCUUUUGUGACGGCAAACUAAGCGAUAUAGUAAUGUAAUAAGAACGUCGGAAGACUCGGUUUACACGUGUUGUGUCGGCAUGUAGCGUCGGUGUGUCGGUUUACCCACCCCUAUUGCCCGCACGCGCGCAUUUCAGCGCAGAUUCGGUUCGUGCGCGUUUGAGGCCACGUGACCCGCGAAGCGAAUGGGAAAUACAUUGAUCUUUACGUUGAUGCCAGAACCUGUACACGGGAGAAAUAGUAAUCGGUUGAUCCGCCAGAUUUAUAUUUAGAUUAUUCAAUUUAAUGGACAAAGUUUAUAUUAAAUUUAUAUUAUUAUAUGAUUUAGUCUGCUGUCACAAGUAGGAGUUAAUUAUGCGAUUUUCGACCUUAUGCGUAUGUGCAUAAAGCCGAAAAUCGUGUACUCCUCUAUUUAGGGAAUGGUAAGGCAUAUGUGACGCAAUGUAUACGUUAUUACGACCGUGGAUUUUGGCAAAGCCGGCGAGAUUUUUAAUUCCAACCAGAGCUGAUGUUUUCUUCCGAAGGCCUCAACAUUCGAAUUUCGAAUAUUCCGACAAUCUGAAACCCGGGCGUUUAGUAUUUGAAUUUGGAACAUAUCCAAGUUUCGAAACAUCGGAAUUACAAGAUUUCCCUAAAUUUCGCACUUUUCCGCUGUUAGGUCGAGUAUAAACGCAACGGGAAAGACAUAUCCCUCGUUACAAGAAAGAGACUAUAUAAUAUCUGGUGCCACCGUUCGUUUAUAAAAAUUCGUUGACAAAGUUUCUCAAUGUUCUUGGAAUAAAAAAUUAGUCCACAGUAUUCGUGAGGCUAUACUCUUCGACGCUUCGAAGCGUAAAAUUCGUGAAGCUUUUAUGACUUUUUAAAUAUCAUUAAAGGUUCGGCUUUCCAUAAUUCGAGAGUUUCAAGUUCUCUCCAAAGUUUCGAAAUUGUUGAAGAUUGAUGGUCCCGCUUGUAAGAGCGAAUCUUGAUUUCUUUCCGUGUAGGGAGCGAGUAAUCGACAAAUCGAAUAGAUGAGAAAUCCUCCCCUCUUCUCGAGGAACAAUCGGCAACGAUGCGACACACGACGGUGAGAUUUCUCAUCCUGGUUUCCAGAAACGUCGCUCGGACGCUUCCGACGACCGAAUUAUCCCGUUCUAUCCGCGCGAUAGGCUGCAUCCCCGAGAGGAACCGCGAAAUCCCCGGACUUACUGAAGCCGCUGGAGAUUGUUGGUGCGCGACCGGGUCUUAGACUUCCGUGUUGCUCGGAAACGGAAAGUGAUAUCCGAGGAAUACCUUCCUCUCGAAGCUAGAAGACGAAGAUGUAAAAGAGUUGUUCGUCAACGCGCCAUCGUGAGUGCACUGAGAAACCCAUUUCGUUGAAACGACUAAAUUCCUACCUGAAUACACACUCUUCGGUUGUAACAAUCCAAGCCUGGUCGUCUAAACUGAAGAACCGAAGAACUGAAGAACCUAACCGACGAACGGUUAGGUUCUUCGAAGGGAUUUCAAAAAACCGAACCUUUGGCUCAGAAAAGUAAAUCUUGCUUUCUCACGGCCAAAAAGUGGAUUCGCUCAAACAAGAGUUUGUUUAUCCGGACGAGAAUUUAGUUGAUGCACACUGAAUGAGAUUCUCAGUGUGACCGGCCGCUCCGAACGAGAUUCUCGCCGCUCACGAAGUGAUCCUCCAAAUGUGAUGCCUUCGGGUUUAACGAAUUCGUCGUUUGCUCAUCAGCCGCGAACGGCCGGCUGCCGAUCUUUGCUCUUUCUCUCUCUUUCUCUGUCUUGAUAUUCCCGACGUACCUCGCUAUUUAACGUGACGUCGCCCGUGUACCUCCCAUUGCGUUUCCCAUCAUACGUUGUCCCUUGUCUGUCUGUCUGCCUGCUCUGUUCUUCGUUUCUCGCACGAAGAACCGAUGGUCCACGCAUCUUCUUUCUACAAGCUGAAAACGACGAACGGUUGAAUCGAGGCCAAAUAAUUCUCCACUGCCGCUGCAUUAUCCUUCUCUCUUUAUCUCUGCCUGUCAACGAUGUCAACUGUAUUUGUGCGUCUUCUCUACUACACACACACACACACACACACACACACACUGCCAUUGAAGGAGUUUUAUGCGUGGUCGAAGAAAACGCGGAGAAAAAAAAUUUGUUCAGACAGCAAGAAAUUUAUUUAGACAGCCGGAAGAUUUUUUAAGAGUAUU